AUGGCCCCAGUAGCAACCAAAGCUCAGCUUCAGAAGCAGGUCAAGGAGUUGACAUUGCAGCUUGGAACAUUGCAGACGGCUAAUGGUGAACGUAACAGCCAUAUUACAGCUCUCAUGGAAAUGCAGGACCGACUGACUGCACAGCUGCAUGAUGCUGAAGCUCGCGCUACCGCAGCACAGACGGAGGCAGCGGCCGCUAUCAAUGCAACCGCCGCCGCUGCUGCUGCUGCUGCUGCUGCUGCUGCUGCUGCUGCUGCUGCUGCUGCUGCUGCUGCUGCUGCUGCUGCUGCUGCUGCUGCUGCUGCUGCUGCUGCUGCUGCUGGUGUCCCACCUGUAGAGCUGGUCCCGAAGCCCAAGACUUAUAAGUUCAACAUCAGACGUGAGAUGAGGGUUACAUACGAAGAAUUCUGCGCUAUCAGGGCAACAAUACACACCCUUGUGAAGUCCACCCAAUUGUCCUGGAGAGAGGACUUUCGCCGCCAGGAUCCAGCCGCCCUUGCUUUGCUCUUUAAGAGUGCACGGAAAGAACACCCCAUCCUGCGCAACUACACCAAUAACUGGGCUACUGCGGCCAUUGCGAAGACCUAUAUGCAGAACAUGCGUAAGCAUGCACGUCGUCAGGGUUACAUCCCACGGUACCAACCUGGCAAUGCCCGCAAUGACCAGUAG